CUGUACCUGGCCGAGGUGGAGAAGCAGGACAAGUACCUGCGGCAGAAAGGCCGCUUCCGCUUCCACAUCAUCCCCGACGGCAACUGCCUGUACCGCGCCGUGUGCAGGGCCGUGUAUGGCGAGCAGCGGCUGCACGGCGAGCUGCGCGAGGAGACCGUGCACUACAUCGCCGACCACCUGGACCAAUUCAGCCCCAUCAUUGAGGGUGACGUGGGCGAGUUCCUCAUCGGCGCUGCACAGGAUGGGGCCUGGGCUGGCUACCCAGAGCUGUUGGCCAUGGGGCAGAUGCUGAACGUCAACAUCCACCUCACCACGGGUGGGCGGCCCGAGAGCCCCACUGUCUCCACCAUGGUGCAUUACCUGGGCCCCGAGGACCCCAUGCGGCCCAGCAUCUGGCUGAGCUGGCUCAGCAAUGGGCACUAUGACGCUGUUCUGGACCGCGCCUGCCCCAACCCCGAGUACGAGGCCUGGUGCCGGCAGACUCAGAUGCAGCGGAGACGGGAUGAGGAGUUGGCCAAGUCCAUGGCUGUGUCCCUGUCCAAGAUGUAUAUUGAGCAGAACGCCUGCUCCUGAGCCUGCCUGGGCCCCGCGCUAGAGACAUACUGCGCACCAGUGCCCCGGUGGCAAUGCCUUAAUGCUUCAGGAAGUCGCCGUGGUGCCCCUGGCUGAGGAGCCCCUACAGUACUGAACUGUUGGCACGGGCACGACUUAAGCCCAAGCUGGUAUUUGUAAUACUCCCUUUGUAUAAAAUGACCCCUGGAUUACUUGCGAGUGGAUUCUCCAUGUAUAUUUGUGUUGGUUUUUUCCAGUUCUCUUUUUUUCUAUAAGAAUGUAUUUUUUUGCACAGUAUUUUUAAACUGUUACCUCCUUCUCUAACAUCUCAUCUUAGCAUUUGGUUUUCAGCUGUACAGCCAAAAAAGAGUUUGUAAACAGUUUGUUUUGUAAAUAAGGCUUAUGAAUGAUGUAACAGCUUUUGCUGUGAUUUUUACUAGUACACCUCUAUAUUUGUACCAAAUGAAAUUGAUGUCAGGCUCAUCUUCCCUGACUGAAGGUAAACUUUUUUUCAGUUAAAACCUUGUUAUCAUAAGUACAGCAAACUUCAUAAUGGCUACUUUUCAAAGAAGCCGCUUUCCCAUUUGUCUCAAAUGUAGAACAGGUUCUCUGAGCCAGUUGGAAGGCAUCUGCUUAUGAAUGGUACAGGGAGUGAUUGUGACUCUUCUGUAUUUAAUUACUGUUUUAGAGUAAACUGGCCUCUUGUUGCCUGGUUGGCUUGUCCUUUGUUCUAUUAAUAACUUGUUCAGUUGUAAUAGCAGAAAUUUAAUUUACAAUACAAUGUUGUGACAAGAUAAUAGUCUGCUGCUUCAGCAAAAAAAAAAAAAAAAAAUCUUGGCUGGACCUUGCUGUUUGCUGCCUUGUUUCUGGGGUUUGUUUCUUAUAUGUAAAUGCCCCCGUUUUGUUUCUUGGCACUUUGCAUUGCAGCAGUAAGCCAUUAUCUUUCCAGAAUGUUUUAUUCCUCUUGAUAUUUUUUUUUUUUCUAAUAAAAAAGUAGGAUUCCUCUGCAUUAUGUUAAACAAGGACGUAUUUAAGCUAAGACUUUGUAUGGUUUGCUGGGUCAAACGUUCACUGUUUCCAACCUGAAAGCUUUCUCUCUAAUUUCUGGUUAACUUUAACUUGUUAGAUAUAUUUAUUAAGUAAUGCAGUUUGUACUUUUUUUUUUAAUUUUGUAAUAUUUUGUGAUUUUUUUUUUUAAUCUAUACUGUAUUUGUAUAAUAGGAAUAUUCUCAGCUAAAAUGGAAUGAAUAAAAAAAGUAUAAUUUUA